AUGCGUAGGCCGACCUCGAGCAAAGAGCGAUGAACCUGAUUACUAGGCCUUCGACGCAUCCCCUGUAGAAAGCCUCAUCAAUCAGGGAAAGCGUUGUAAUUUUCAUCACAUGACGCCAAACACAUGUGGGAACGCCUGCAAGGGUCUGAAGAGUCCGAUGGGUCAUGUUUUGCCUACUGUUCAUCAAGGAGGAGUGUCUGGCUUGUCGCGUCCACAACCCAGACAAAGCUUUGCACAACACGGCUGUGAGCAAGACGCCUUGUCCUUUUUUUCUUACUCCCUUUAGUUCAAACAGCUCAGCGCCAGACUUCGCAAUGGCUGUACCAUCCGCUAUACAGCAGUACCCGAAAAAUGACACCCUCGCGAAAGCAUGGGACAUGCUACAACAUACUCUAGAGAUUGCUUUUGGACCUCAGUCUUGGCAUUUAGUGACAGAAGUCAAACUUGUCGCAGACUUCCCAACGAACAGCGCGAUUUGGCUAACUCGAGCCGCCGAAAUGAGGGCUUUGAACGGACUUGCGAAUGCACAAUUUAUAGGAAAUCGUGACCCUCAGCUCCAUCCUCGGCUAGACUCGCUCAACGAUAACAUCUGUCUUGAAGUCGACCCGAACAUGAUGUGGAAGGAGCGAAAGUACGAUCUGAUCCAUUCUCGAGUGAUCGAGUACAUAGAAAACUGGCCAGAAUAUCUCAGGAACGUGCAAACUUGCCUUGCACCUGCAGGUAUGCUCAACAUAGAAGUAGUUGAGAUGAUUCCUUUCACCGACGAGGGUAGCCUGCCCGAAACAUCCCCUCUCCUGCAACUAUCUCGGAUCUUGUACGAACCUUCAGAAACAUCAAAGAUUGGUCGCGUUUCCUCCAAUAUCGGGCGGGAUCUGAACAGAAUCGGGAUACAAUCGAAACUUGUGCAAUACAGGCUCCCCGUCGAAGAUUGUCAGGAUGAGGGAGAAAUUCCAGUGGGGGAUUGGCUUGUAUCGACGAUGGUCAAGUUCAUAGAAGCACAUGUAGCAAUCGCACGCGAAGGGCCUGAACAGCCUCAAUUGGAUGAUAGGCUUGUGGAAGCAGCGAAAUUGGAAAUUUCAAAUCCUGCUUUUCGUGCCUAUUACAAUUAGUCAGUUUCCCCUGGUACGUCGGCGAAUACCUGACAC